AUUUCAACUCAAACCUUCAAAAAUCAAGCAGAUAGAUUCAAAAUUUCCGGCGGAAACUGACUCCACUCUCCCUUCACUGUUAUCUUUGGCAUUUUCUCCAUUUUUCAUCGGCGGCUAAAUCCGAAAUUAUUUCAGCUGAUCGAUAACAACUUUAGUACCAAUGGAAGCUAAUUUUUUCCGCUUUCUCAAGAUUGUUGGGGUUGGUUACAAGGCGAAAGCAGAAUCUCAAGGCCGUCUCUUAUACCUCAGGCUUGGUUGUAGUCAUGAGGUUGAACUGACCGUUCCACCUGCAGUUCGCGUGUUCUGUUUCAAACCAAAUAUCAUAUGCUGCGUGGGGAUUGACGAGGAGAGGGUACAGCAAUUUGCUGCUUCUGUAAGGAGCUGUAAACCUCCUGAAGUUUAUGAAGGCAAAGGUAUAAUGUACAUUGAUGAAGUUGUAAAAAAGAAGCAGGGGAAGAAAUCAAGGUAA